CCAAUCUCAAUUUGGAGGGACGCUCACCCCCACCACUAACUUCAUCCCGCCCGCUUAGCAGUUAGCACCUCCGCUCCGGCGUGCGCUCCCCCCCGGCUUGCCGCGCGAGAUCUCCAAAAUUCCCCGCAAACCCUAGCCCCUCUCCCUCUUCACCACUCGCCCCGCCUCCCCUUCGACUCCUCCCGCUUCCCAUUCCGAGCUCGCCGCCGUUUCUUGGGGGCUGGCUGGGGCAUGCUUUAGCUGCCCCCCCGCGUAUGGCCUCCGACGGCGCCGCCAGCCGCCGCCCGCCCCUGGCCCAGCCUCCCAAGCGCCGCGCCGCCGGAGACCCGCUUCAGCCCGACCUCCUCACCUACAAGCGACGCCGCCGCGCCACCAGCGACAACGCCAGCGGGGGUAGCGCCGCCACAUCCCGGCCCGACGAGAAUCAGAUGGGCAUGGUGCCACACGCCAGCAAUUCCCAGCACCAGAUGCUUGCCAGGCAUUGGAGAAGCUGGAGGGACAUGCUGGAGGGCCUCCUGCAAUCCCCUGCUGUGAACCAGGGCUCUGGAGGGAUUCGGAGCUGCAUCCGUGAUGCGCUCAGACAUAAUACCUGCCAGCCCCAGGAACAUGGGAACCUAGGUGAGAACCGAGGAGGAGGAGGCAGAGAGAACCCAAGUGGAGAGGUACGUGAUGAAGAGAACAAUGGUGCCUUGGUUAAGGUAGAAGAUGCAACCGCAAACAAUGGCUCCUUGGUUAAGUUAGAAAAUGGAACUGCAGCAUCAUUGGAACCCAACAAGGCAAUGUGCCAUAAUGCUCUCUUUGACAUUCUAGUCUCCGAGAAGUUUGCCUUGUUGUGUGAUUUGCUAGCUGCAACUUUCCAUGUCAAUAAGCCUGAUGUGAUUGGUUUGCAAAGAAUUGAUGCCAAAAUGAGAAAUGGAGAUUAUGCGCAGAACCCGGCGCUUCUGGACCAUGAUAUCAAACAGAUAUGGAAGAAGUUUGAACAAGUUGGUCAAGAAAUGGUUGGUUUGGCGAGCAGUCUUUCAGUCAUUUCACAAGCGUCUUAUCAAAAGCAGGCUUCUGGCAUUUCAGAAAUUGAUAUGACUGAGCACAAGAUAGAAGAAACAAGUUUGGUUGGUGUUGCCCACAAAGUCCCAAGGGAGUCGACUCCCCCAUGUGAUUCUGGUCAUUCAACCAUACCAAAACGAAGUGGGACAUCUGGACCAGAUGGAAUUUGCAAGGAUUGUGGCAGAAAGGCAGAUAGUGAAGGCAGAAUUAUCUGUGAUAGAUGUGAAGCUGCAUUCCAUGUUUCAUGUCUAAAGCCUGCCAUUGAUGAUGUCCCAGCAAAAUGGUACUGUCCUGCCUGCAAUGAAUUAGACACAGCUAUAAAGAAUAACAACAAUGGCAGAUCACAUGAAGAUUGCAAUGUAUGCGAAUGGCUUGAUUUCAAGGUGCCAGAAGAACGUCCUCAGGAUGCUAGCAGAACUGAGUUGGCCGUCAAAACACAGGAGAGCUCAGUCUCAAGCAUGGAUGGAGAUAGUGAACCAGACCUCUCAACUACUGCACUAUCAAACCUGUGCAAGCAUUGUGGCACAUGUGAAGAUGAAGACAAGAAGUUCUUGGUAUGCGGCCAUCCUUACUGUGCUUACAAGUUCUAUCAUGUCCUGUGCCUGAAACAAAGCCAGAUUGCAAGUGAGAAGCAAAAGAACCGAUCAUGCUGGUACUGCCCAUCUUGCCUGUGCAGAGGCUGCUUCAAGGCCAAGGAUGAUGAAUGGACGGUCCUGUGUGAUGGCUGUGAUGAUGCUUAUCACAUAUACUGCAUGAAUCCGCCACGCAAUACUAUCCCGAAAGGUUCGUGGUACUGCACAUCGUGUAGUGCGCGGAGGACGGUGGAUGGAAUGCAGAAGUAUGAGAAGUCGAUCCUGCAGAGUGUUAUGCAUGUUCCUGGUGCCAAAAGGUUGAAGGUGUUGGCAGGUGGUGCUCCAGAGAACAAGUAACAGAAGAGCAGCAGCAGCGUGGAUCAGCUUGAGAGGUGGUGUUUUCACAGGCUUAGGGAACAAGGAAGAAAUGAUUCUUUGGUCCCUCACUCCCUCUAAAGGGGUAUACAUUACUCUGACAGCUUGAAUAAGGGGUUGUGUGGACACAGGAAUGUCUUGUUGGCUGGUGAAGAUGAGAUGGUGGCAUAUGUAGCUGGAGAUGAAAUGUUGAUUCCCUCUUCUGUUUUUUUUUUCUUUUCUGAAUUGAAAAUUCUGGUGAAUAUUUUGAGUAGGUUGUUGUGGUGUUAUGUUGUGUGUGCCCUCCCUUACCUUGGGGCAGCACCUGACACCCUUGUUGACAUGGUUUGUUGAUGAUAGGUACAUGUUGCUCACCUUUUAUUUGUUGGACAAAAUGUGUAUCUAUAUGAUCCUGCGUAGGCUGUGAUUGAUGGUUGCGAAAUUUUCUUUA